UCAUAUCUUUCGCGAGUCCGCCGCCGGCCAGUACAGCCUGCACCCGCAGGUCGCUGCCUUGGAUCACUCGCUAGCUACAAAUCACGCCUCCGGCCUCCUCCUAUUUCUUCUUGCGCGGGUCGGUUAACCGAGACUGAUCUGUCUUUGCAAAGGCAUUGACUUUGGCGAUGGAUGCGGCGGGCAAGGCAGACGCGCCCAUAUUGCCGCCGGACGCGUCCCCGACGCCGUACACCAACUCGUCGUCGGCGUUCCCCAUCGCCAUCGUCAUCGGCAUCGGGUUCAUGGUCACCUCGCUCAUCCUCGUCGCCUACUACCUCCUCGUCGUCCGCUGCUGGCUCCGCGGCGGCGGCCCGGGGUCGGGGCUGCUCCACCGCUCGCGCCGCGAGGAGCUGGUGGAGCGGGUGUCGGCGGUGUUCUUCACUGACUACGAGGCCGAGCUGCCCGGUGGGCUCGACCCGGACGUCGUCGCCGCGCUCCCGGUUGUCAAGUACCGCCGCGCCCGGUCGGCGUCGGCGGCGCUCGAGUGCGCCGUGUGCCUUGCCGAGUUCGCGCCGGAGGAGCGGCUCAAGCAGCUGCCUAGCUGCUCCCACGCGUUCCACAUCGACUGCAUCGACACCUGGCUCCGCCACAACGUCAGCUGCCCGCUCUGCCGCACGGUGGUCACCGGCGGCCCGCUCCCGCUAGCCCGCGACGAGCACGAGGCGUCCUGCCGCGAGCUGCAGGUCGGCGACAGGCACAUCGGCGCCGCGGCAAGGAUGGGAUACGGGAGCUCGUGCAGGUUCCCGACCAAAAGCGGCGCCGCGCAUGAGCUCAUCACGCGGUCCUUCUCCAUGGAUUGCUUCGCGGGCGGCCUCGGCCGGAAGCCGCAGAAGGAGCCCGGCAGCUCGGAGGCCGGGCCGAGCCGUGCCAACAACGUUGCCGGCGGCAGCAGCAGCGUCGCUAACACGGGCGGCGGCACCGGCGAGACGAGCGGGCGGUUCCGGCGGCUGCUGUCGUCGUUCGGGCUCGGCCGGAGCACGCGGAGCACGGUGCUGCCGAUCCAGACCUCGACCCAUGACGGCGGCGUCGGGUUCGUGUCGUUGCUCGAUUCACCCGUUCUUGCAAGUGCUCGCUUCAUUGAUUAAUCGCGUGGCGUGCGUGUCGUGUUCAUGCAAUGUACAGCAAUAGGUUUCUUUCGUGCAUGGAUGGCAUUGGCAUUCCGUUCGAUUGAUUAAUUCUUGCAAUCUCGAAUGUCCCCGUGUUAUCCAUCGUCCUCUCGUACUUGAUAGAUACGAUCCGUGCUAGCUGGUGCACCGGAUGUCGUCGGAUGACGUUUCAAGUGUAAAAUUGCCAUUAACCAUUUCGUCCGUGAUCUUUGAAAAUUAGCCGAAGAUUUGCUGAGAUCGAUUAAGGAGGAUAUGAAGAUUACUUUUUUCUUUAUUAUUUUUCCAAAAAAUGUAUAUGCUAGUGCUUAGAUAAAAUCUAUAUGCUUGUUUCAUGCUUA